AUAAAACAACUUGCAGGGAAAAAAACAGUACAGAGAUACUAUUUCACAAAAUACGUUGUAUCUGGUAAAAUAAUUCUGGUUUUCUGAAAUUAAGCCCUGAGUGAUUUUUCUGCGUGCAGCAAAGCUUUUUUUUUUAAUAUUUAAUUUUUUUUUUGAGUUUGAAAUAAAUAUGCCCAACCUAAAUCUUGUUUGAAGCUUUAUAAAUAAGGAUCAAGAUACAUAAAUAAGGGUCAUUAUAGAGUGGAAUAUACUUGGGCAACUGUAUUGUAUUUUAUUUCAUAAGGAUGUAAGUGUAUGCAUUGUGUAGUAAACUUCUUGCAGUUUUUUUGAUUAAUAGGUUGCAGUUAUAUUGAGGAAUUUCAGAGUUAUUUUAUGCAGUACAUCAGGAAAGGGAUAUGUCAAGUUCAGUGAAUGUGUGAAGAAUAAUUGAUGCAUUUCUGUUUCUAUCAGGAUUCCACAGGUGGCAGAUUGAUGGCAGGUAUGGUCUGACAGUAAACUGUGUCUGCUCUUCAUAAAAGUCCCAUAUGUGUGAUGUGUUUUAUACCUAGAGAAGAUCCCAUUUUUCUGUACUUUCUUCAUCUUUUGGGAUUUUGGUUCUCUGUUGGACUUCCUUGACUGAAAAGGCACUGGAUUCCUUCAGUAGGGGGGUGCUGAUAAAUUAUUUACAGUAAUGUGUACCAAAUACACAUAAGAUAAAACUUCGAAGUUGUAGAAAAAUGAGUAGUGUGUGAAGACAGAUGUUUGAACUGUACAAUGGUGUUGCUUAGUGGUACACUAAAGGGGAUGCACUAAUUUGAUGGACACAAUCUUAGCUCAAACAUUUUUAAUUUUGUACUUAACUUGGCCUGUUUCAUGUUUUUAUUAGCAUUCUGUAGUCUGGAGAAAGGAGAGGACAACACUAGAAAUGUGUAACAUCACUGUGUAGUUUAGUAUUUUAAAAACAAACCUUGAAAUAUAAGAGGCUGCCUCAGAUGUUUCUAAAAAUUUGCUUUUUUUUAAGACGCAAAAUGCAUUUUUUUAAUUUAAGGCUGUUGGUUCCUUAGAAAGCACUUCAGUGAUCAAGCUUUCCUCGUUUGUAUUUUCGGUUACUUUUCAGCUGAGAAAUGGAAGGUGCAAACUUGGACUAAAAAUUUAUAAGGAACUAUAAUCAAAUUUCUUAUGAGGUAGGGAAGAUUUUGUGUAAAUAUUUUCUGGAAUGCUUUUUUGCAGUGCUUAAAGUCAUAGGGUAUGUCACUGUAUUUUGAGGUGCUCUGUGUAAAGCUUACAUGGUGAUGUAUGGUGAAGGAAUACAUAUAUAUAUAAUGUGUGUAUGUAUAAAAAUUCAGUCUGGGCACAAAGUGGUUGUAUAAGUGGAAGGGUAGAGGCACUUCCUGUCCAGGUUAUGUAUUGAUGAGAUUUUGCUGCCAGCAUAAUGAACAGAGACGUGUUCAGAGUGAAGGAUGAUCCAAGGGUGUGUACAGUGCCUUUAGUAGUUUGGAAUGGAAUGGAGAGAUGAUGUCAUUCUGUGCUUUAAGCUUUCUCUAUUUAAGAAAAGCUGUUAUAUUUAAGAUAUGUAAGUGCAGCAAAUGAAGAGCUAGUUCAUGUGGUCAAAAUAAAUAGGCUGAAGGGUGACUGAAAGUGUAUGGAUGUUUAUUAUGGAAGUGGUAGGUUGAUCUAUAGCUUAAACAGGCAGAGAAAUUAUGACGACAAAUUAUUUUUCUGUAACUUGUUGCUUAUGGUAGAUCUCAUUGUGAAGAAUGCCAUUUAAUUUAGUAGGAUGGACUGUAAACUUUUUAAUAUCAAUGAUACUUAGAAUGUUGCACCCGUCUUAGCUGAGGAGAGAAACUGCAUUGCUAAGUAACCUUCAGAAACAACAUGUUAGUAUUUUCUCUUAAGGUCUUGAAAUUCUAAAUGUUUGUAGGACUCCCAUCUUCAAACUGAUGCUUCAGUUUAAUGUUUUUAUGAUGCUUUCAUUUGUGUGUUCAUUGUUACAUAUUUGCUUACUGGACAAUGUAUACUCAAAGUAAAUGGCUCUCAAAUUGUUUGUUUCCCCUUGCUUUGCUGUAAACAUCUUUGCAUCUUUGUUGUCUGCCUGUUGUGUCCAUCUUUGAAUAUAUGCAUCUGAUCUGUUUACUGAUAGAGAAGAAAAAUAACCUUUUCAACCAGUAUGUUUUGUUAGUCCAAACUCCUGCCUACCUAGAAUAGUUUUUGCUGUGAUGACUUUUUAAAUGUUUACUUGUGGUAUGCACAUUUUUGAGAUAAUAAUUAAAUCUCUUGUUCGACCUAAUUGAUGAUAUAAACAGAGGUUGGUUUUUUUUGCAUUCAAGCUACUCUCUCAGAUUACUUUUUUUCCCUACUGUGAUACUCAUAUUAAUGUUAGGUUCAGAUACUUGUAAUCUUGUUUGGACUGAAACAGCUUCCCAGUCUGAGGUAUGAUCAGUUGUAUUCAUUUCCUAUGCUGUCACAUGUUUCCUUGAAGUGCCUCACUGUCCCAUAUGGAGAGUUGUCAAAAAGCUAAACUUUCUAUGAGUAGAAAAACGAGAGAUUUCAACAUUUCCACGUGAAAGCCCUACCACAGCUUUGGGAACUGUGUGUGUGGCUUUUACAGUGAUGAAUAGACAAAGGAAGAACUGUAACUUCUUUGAAGUAUUUUUCAGAUAACUCUCAGAAUCUAGCAGGAGAUUCAGAAUGCAGGAGGCAGUCUUCUCUCUUGCAGUCCCUUGCUUGCUUUUGUUCAUUCAUUGCAGAUACUUUGAAGUCAGGAGCAUCUCCAGUAAAAAGACUUAAAUUUUGUCUCUUCAUGUUAUAAAGUGUUAAGCUUUUGCUUAAUUUGGCAUCUGGGUAAUUCAAGCUCCACCUGUUCUUAAGUAUUGCUCCUCAUUUUAUGAAGAGUCAUUACUAUUUUUUCUUUACAAAUUUAGUUUUGGUCAAUGGGGUUGUGGCAUAUUUAAUUCAGUUGGUUAAACUGCAGUUGGAAUAGCAUAGAUUGAGAGGUUCUACGAAUUCUCGAAAGAGAUUAAUUUUGUGGUUUUAGAAAACCUCAUGUUUAAAUCCAAAUGAUUAUUUAAUCUAUACUGGAUGUUAGUUCUAGAUAUUUGUGGCUACUGAAUGUAGAUUAAGUUGUUUUUAUACUCUUUAAAUAGAAAUCAAAGACAAUCAAAGCUCCUGCAAAUAGAAAGCAGGAAACUACAUUUUGUACAGAAAAGGUCAUUGCUGGCUACUUGUUUGGAAAAUUGCAGUUUAGGGUUGUAUUUAAAGAGCUUUUCAGCUGUAUCAACUGAUGUAGGACUCUCAUCAGCUAACUUUUUGCCAUUUCAGUCCUCUUCUGAAAUUACUUUAUCCUUGAUACUGCAUGUACAAUUUUGGCAGGAACUUCUGGGUUUCUCGUAGCCAGAAGUAUCCUUUUCUUAGUGAUCUCUGCUUUCUACUGGCUGUUUUUUUCCUGCAGUGAUAUUUAGGAUUGUUAGAUUUUUGUAAGAUUAUAGAUUUUUUCCAGAGCUGCAACAGAUAUUAGAAUGAAAUUUAUUCCACAUUCCACACCCUGCUUUUGAAUUUCAUGCUGGGAUGGUCAUAUCCUAAUAAAUGUAGCUGCCAUUCUCGAUGAAAUACUCAAAUUUUCUAAGCCGUGAAGCCAACACAACAGUUGCAAGCCUUUUUGCGAUGUUAUGUCAAGCUGGUGGAAUUGACUGUUUAGCCACAGUUUAUAUCAACAAAAAUAGUUUGUAUAAUAUAGUUAUUCUGGUCUUUGUUUCUUCCUCUUUCUUUCUUUCUUCCCACACAGGCAUAAUCAGCUGUAGGGGCAAAACUGGUUUUGUGUUAAACAGCCACACAAAAACCGUCGAAUAAACCACCUACAAAGCUUCCGUAUGAACUUCAUUCCUGGCUGCAGUCAUUCCAGGAGAUGGUGGUAGUUAAAGGUGGUGGUAUCUUUUCUAAGAUAGAUGUAGAAAUGUCAGUUACAAUGCAGAUUUGUUAUGCAAUAAGGUCUACAUAAUAAACAAAUUGAUCAAAACUCAUUUGGGAUUUCAGCAACCUUUAUUUAGUCAUUGUACACCUUUGCAUUCUAGUGUUUCUUCAACUUUUCCUCAGAGAGGGAGGGUGUGUGCUUUUAGGAGAUACUUCAUUAUAGCAAGAGUUUUCAGUCCAUCUUUUUUUUCUUUAGUAUCACUGGGGCUGCAUUUGUGUUCUCUUUCAUCUCCACCAUUUCAGUUUUCUUUCACUUCCUGUUCAGUGCCCAUGUCAGAACAGGAAGCUGCUUAUCGCUAAUCAGAAGCCUGACCAUUUUACAUCAGUCCUUUUUCCCUGCUGUGGUCCCCCCUUCUCACUCUUUGAAUAUCGAGGCCUCCAGGUGAGUGCUCUGUAACUACAUUUAUUACUCAAUUCUGUGUCCCUUUUCCUGCCCUCUUUUAUUGCCUGGUAUGGGACACUGACUUUUACUCUCACUUCCUUUCCUGAUAAUGCAAAUUAAGACAAGCAAAUUGAAGCAAAAGCAUUUAUGAUGUUGAAAUCUUUGCCUUUCCCUGAGGAAAUUUUUGGAGACCUACCUUUCUCAAAUCUGCUUCUGAAGAAUAUCAGGCACUCAGUUAUUUCAAAUGUCAUCACCCUUGAAGUUAAUAGUAGAUGUUAGAGCUUGAUUGUACUGGUGUAAGAGAAAUCUUAUUUGACAGCAGAAAGACCUUUGAGAGGAGAUGUGAGUGCUGGUUAAGCACUAUAGGUGGGUGUCUUUAAGCAGUCUCAGUGCUAUCAGUAGUUUGGGCUAAGAUGGAUUGUGUUGCCUUCGUGAAGAUGUUUGCAUGAAAUUGCAAGUACCGUCUCCCAUUGGGUGGAGCUUUUGCUUUCAGAGGGUUUGAAAUCUCAAAAAGGGGAGUUAAUUCUGUAUAGCCCUUUUAAGUUUUUGAUGCAGGGCUACAGUGACCAGCCCUUUGGUCCUUCAGCAGUUUACUUGCUGGUGAUCUCUUUGUGAAACUUGUCACCUCUCCUUCAGCUGGACAAUAUCCAAAUUAUGAUGGCCCAUCUUCUCUUUUUCCUUGUCAUUCCGUCUGUGCCAGAUGUAGAACAACCCGAGAUUUAUCCCCAGUGUGGUUUGUGAGCUCCCUGUGAUCCAAAGAAUAAUAAAAUGCAAGAGUACUUGCAUUUAAGUUUUCUGCAAAGUGCAUCUUCAAUGAGUAUAAGAGUACAUGUCCUCUAGCUAAAUUGUUCACACAAAAUGGGAAGUCUUACCCUAUCCUAAGUCGAUUGAUUGGUCCAAAGUAAGGUGUUCCUAUGGAAAGGCUGUUACAGAGAGUAGUGGGUGAUAUGGCACUGUACUGCUGUAUCACCCCAGUGAUCUGCAGUUGUCUGGGCUCAAUCCUUUGAUGGAAAGAUUCUGUCUGCACUUGAGUCACGAGCUAGGAAAUCUAUGUUGAGAACAGUUAUUGCUAAUGUUGAGUUAAUUGUAAAGUUUAGAGGAUAUGGGUGUUGAGGCCAUUUUGCAUGGGGGGCAGUCAUUGUAGAUCUUACAGAGAGAAGUGUUAGACUGUGGUUGUCACUCCCUAGCCAAAGUGCAUAGGCUUACUGACAUGUCUGGUUUAGUGCUCAUCAUAAUGUUUGAUCAUGAACAUUGACUUUCUCAUUUUUUGAAAGGUAUUUUGGCUCUUCAUAUAUGGAGCCUGUUAUUUUUGUGAGGAUAUAACUGUAGCUUUGCAAUUACUUUCAACAUACAGUAGAGCUUCGCUGCUUUUUGGAAGUAACACUUCUGCUUCACUAGGUGAAUAUUACUUAAAAAUCUGACCAAAUAAUUCUGUUUUUUUUUGUAAUAAGUCUUACUUGAUAAAUGAGUAUGUAUAUUGAAUAACAUUCAUGCAUAAAGCUGCAGUUUAAUGUGAUACUUGGGACACAAUCUUGGGGCUAGGAAGAGGAGCUCAAAUACUUAUCUUCUAUUGCUUUAUAUUAUCCAGUCAGACUUUUUGAAAGGUCUGUUUUCCCUUACUCUGUCUUUGUAAUUUAGGCAAGGGGCUUUGAGAAAAGAUUCAUUGGGGAACUGAGUCAAAAAGCUGUGUGUGAAUAAAAUGAGGUAAGGACAGUGUGUGAAGAUAGUUACUUCAUUCAGAGUAAAUUUUGAUGCUGCCUAAACGUUUAGUCUAGAUAAGAACAAGUUACCCUUUCUGAAAAGCUCUAUGCUAGUAGUUGUGUCGUCAUUAGUAGACCCAGUUCUGUAGAGAUACCAUACCCAAAUCCAUUCUUAUUUUUGUGUGACUACAGUUGCUUUUGGAGUCUCUUCAGAAUUUCCAAAUAGGAAGUGAAAAAUGACCUUGUUAGUUCUAAAGAUACAUGAGCAAAACAAGUUCAUCUGACACCGAUCAGAUUUCAUGAAGACAAAUAAAUUAUAAUUUUUAAGAGGGCCAGCUAACCUUAGAAUCAUAAACACAACUUUGCCUUAGGAAAGGUGAGAAAUUAGAAAGGCCCAGGCUUAAAGUCCUCCAACACUUAAUCUCAUAUAUGCUGGUAAUUUUUGCUAAAAAGAUUUUUUAAAAGCUUUCAUUUGUAACCCAUUUCCUUUCUGAGAAUCAUUUCUUGUUCAGGGACCUUGAGAUAACUGACUUUGAAUGCACUAGCAGCAAAUGCAGAGCUUUUCUUGCCAUGCAACUUCUUUUCCCCUGUUCUGCCCACUUAAUUUAAUAGCAUUUGUGUAUUUGAUACAACUUCUUGGUAGGUUUUUUUAUUAAUAUGACAAUUGCUGUGUUAUUUGGAAAUUACACAUGUUUGAGAGAAGACCACUGGAAUGUUGAUGCUUUUACCAUGAGAUCAAAAAGACAGAAUACUUUUAUGGCUGUGGAUUUCUUACCUCUCUGCUUUGCCUGUCUUGUCUGAUAGUGUAGGACACAAGCAGAAAACAAUGGCAGCUGUAAAGUGAGUUCUUGUUUUAUUUUGCAGGUUUGUUUUAAUGUGGAAGUGGAUCUUACAGCAUAAUGUAAAUCAAACAAGCAAAGGAAAAAAGGAUGUCCAAAGUGGUCUUCCUGGAUUUCAAUAAAGGACCAUUGCAGGAAGCCAUGGAUACUAGUUGUGAGUUAUAACAUCUUACUUAAAAAAGUCUAGGUAAUAACUCCUUAUAACUGAGUUCUAUUCAAAAUGUUAAUUAGUAACUGAAACUAUGUGAUUACAGGAAUCAAACCCCCAAAAGAUCAAAGUGAGUAGUACUCUCUAAGGGUAAAAGACUUGAUUUCUGUAAAAUAUAGAUGUCCUGACUCCUAGAUGAAUGUUUUAAUGUGUUAUGCUCCCUGUGUUCUGAGGACCCGUAUGAAAAGUGAAUGCCAGGUCACACAUUGAUUUUCAUGUGUAGGCAACUAUUUGUGCUUGCUGAGCAUUGAAUAGAUGAUUUGAUAUAUGAAUAGAAGUCAUUUGUAGAAAGACAAGGCCAUCCGCAGGGAAUUAAUAUUAAUUAACAGUAUUUAUUAAGAGUAAUUAAUUAACAGAAUUAACAGUAGUUCUCUGUACUGGAAGAUACUGUUAGUGUCAUGCUCUGGAUUCAACACGGUGACUUCAUCUGGUAGGUAAAUCCUAAUGAAAUGUUUUGUUCUUAGAGUAUUUUUUCCUCACCUUUGAUAAGAUGUUGUUUGAUUUCCUUAUAGUUUAAAAUAACCUUAUAAGCAAAUAGGAUUUGUUUUAAAGCAAGGAGAGUCCUUUUGUAAGAAGAUAAUAGGAAGACAUCUAGUUAACUCAGUGAGUUUGAUGCUUUGCUGUGUCUCUGUCACUAAUCAGAUGCUCAAAAUCAGCUUUAUUGUGUUUUUUCCUUCUGCAGGCUUCCAUUUAGCAUCAGGUCAAUUGUAUGGAAGUACUUCAAAAAAAGUGCUACCUUGAGAAAUGUAAAGACUGUUUUAAUUUCCUAAAGAAAGUAUGUCUUGAAAAAACCCAAAAUAGCUUGUAGAUGUCUAGGUAGCCUUUACUCUUUACUUUUUCUUUUGCAGAAUAACUGAAGAUAAACUGUAUUUAUGUACAUAGAGAAUGUAUUUGAGUUUGUUUUGCAAUCUAAAUUUCCCCAUCUUGCUUGUGUGUAGGUCUUAGUCUUCUUUAAACUGGGAUAUUUGGCAGUGAUUAGUUUAUGUAUGGUUAUUAAUACUGCAUAUUUUAAAAAGUGUAUUUUAUUGCUUCAUUGAUUCACUAUAAAUGUCCUGGAUAUCCUAAAUGAAAAGUAGAUUUUUGAAAAGUUCAAAACAUCUUUUUAGAUUACAGUGUGAAGAGUGAUCCUGAAGAAAAGCUGUAAAUUAAAGUUGUCAUUAUUUAUUUCUGCAAUUGUCUGAUUUUUUUUCUUGUUUCUUUUUUAGUAUAAAUGUAUUUAAUGGACAGACCAGCAAUAUGGAUGAUUUAGAAAUAAAUACUGGUGUCACUGGUGCUAAAGAAGAAGAAGAAAUCUUAUGUGAUGAUAAUUUUGUAUCUGAGGAAGAAGGUGGCAUUCCUAAACCAGAAGAGAGUGACACAUUGACUCUGACUGAGGAGCUAUCAAGGGACAGAUCUGAAAAAGCCUUAAGUGGAGGCCAGGCUUCUCUAUUUAUACACACUGGUGCUCCUACUGUUUCUAGUGAAAACUUCAUGUUGUCUAGAGGAACUGCUGUUAAUGGACCAGUUUCACACUCCACCUCAACAAAGACUUCCAUUAUGAAUAAAGGCAGUGCUUCAUUAACCACUGGACAGCCUGGAGGUCAUCUCACAGAUUCCUGCUCAACUUUGACAGUGGUUCAUGAUCUUCAGCUGCCUGCAAAGAGUACAACACAGAAAUCAAAUCAGCACCAAGUUUUAUUUUUGUUACCUGAUGUAGCACAUGCUAAGAACCUGACUCAUUCCAUUAAAAAUCUACCUACCUCUGCUUCAACUGGUUGUGAUUCACAGAAAACAGUAGGAAACAGUGUAGAUAGCACUUUAGUAGACCAAGUAGAAGUUUGUGAGGAUGAUAAAAAUUUACUAUUAAAAGAUGAUUGUGUUGAUACAUUAACAGGCAUUUCCUCAGGUACAGGUGACUUCAGAUCGGGGUGUGAUCCUAGCUGGGAUCCACAAAAAGAGUUUAUACAGUUUCUUAUGACAAAUGAAGAAACAGCAGAGAAGUCUCCCAUUCACUGUAAGGUAGGGAUAGAAAAGAAGCGAAAAAGGAAAAUGGAUGUUAGUAAAAUAACACGUUAUACUGAAGACUGUUUUGAUGAUACCAGUUGUAUUCCUAGUAAAUCAAAACUAUUAAAUGUUGAAUUCUUAGAGCAGAAUGAGGAACUACAAAUAGUAGAACCACAGAAAUAUUCGUUGAGUAAAGUAAAGCCUGAAUCCACAGAUGAAGAGCUGGAAACUGUUGAUGGUAUCCAGCAGCUCAUUUAUAGUCCCACUAGUAACUGUGCAGAAGAUACUUCUCCUGUUCACACUAGCACUUUUCUAUCCAAUACUUUGAAAAACAAAUGUGAAGAGAAUGAUUCUGAACCACCAUCUACUUUCAGUACUGAUGAACCAUCAUUUUAUCCCUGUACAAAGUGCAAUGUGAAUUUUAGAGAGAAGAAACACCUGCAUAGGCAUAUGAUGUACCAUUUAGAUGGGAACAGUCAUUUCCGGCAUCUCAAUGUCCCCAGGCCCUACGCAUGUAGGGAAUGUGGAAGGACAUUUCGAGAUCGUAAUUCACUUCUUAAACAUAUGAUAAUUCACCAGGAAAGAAGGCAGAAACUGAUGGAAGAAAUCCGUGAGCUGAAAGAACUUCAGGAUGAGGGUAGGAGUGCACGGUUACAAUGCCCACAGUGUGUAUUUGGUACCAAUUGUCCCAAAACGUUUGUGCAGCAUGCAAAGACCCAUGAAAAAGAUAAAAGGUAUUAUUGUUGUGAGGAAUGCAAUUUCAUGGCUGUGACAGAAAAUGAGUUGGAAUGCCAUCGAGGGAUCGCUCAUGGAGCAGUAGUCAAAUGUUCAAUUAUUGGUAGUGACUUAUCCCAGAGAAAAACCCAGAAAAAGGCAUCCUUGAAAGAUCCUUAUUUAGGAUCCUCGAGAAAGUCAUCGACAUACAUGUGUAAGCUGUGUCCGUUUGCUACUUCAGCUAGAAGCAUUUUAAAAAAACACAUGGCAUAUUUGCAUUCAGCAUCAUGCAUUGAUCCCUUUGGUAGCCAUCUUAGACUAGAGAAAAGAAAAGGCAGCAUAAUGGAGGAAUCUUUAGAUUUUCGCAGCAGGACAAAACAGUUGAUCAAACAUUCUUCUACUUUUCCAAAGAACUCUGCUUUAAAACAGGAUGUAAAAAGAUCAUUUGGCUCUACUUCACAGUCCAGUAACUUCACAAAACUUCACAAGAGACCCUACAGGAUACAGAAGGCUCGGAAAAGCGUUUCACAGACAUCUGUAAGUGUGUGCAAUCUAAAUUCUACAAACAAGAACUUUUUUAUUAGAAGUAGCAUUGACCAAAAACGUAAAUGUUUUCAUCAAGCAGCAAAGCAGAAAGCUAGUGUCAAAAAAAGUAAUUAUUUGUAUAGACACAAAUAUGAAAACUACAGGAUAAUUAAAAAAUCUAGUGACUCUUACCCUUUGCAUUUAAAAAAGGAAGAGUCCAAAUCUGUCAGUGCUUUACAUUUAUUUUCUUCAUCAAGUAAUAAUUGUUUUGUCAUGGAUUCAAAUAGCCUUGAUUGCAAAAGGGCAGAAGGCUGUAAAGAUCAUAGACAUGUAGCUGUAAAAAGAGUGGUUAAAGAAUCCAAGAGGGAAGGCUCUGUUACAGGAGAUGAUUUGGAUUGCUAUCCAGAUUUUCUGCAUAAAAUGACUGUUGUUGUUUUACAGAAACUAAACUCUGCUGAAAAAAAAGACAGCUAUGAAACGGAGGAUGAGAGUUCAUGGGAAAAUGUUGAACUAUGUGAUUACACUACACAGUCUGUGGAGGAUGAAUCUUACAGUGAUAUUAAUCAGGAGCAUGUAAACCUAUUCCCCAUAUUCAAAGGUAAAAUUGAAGAUAAUGAAGCUGCUGAUAAAUCUUCACUUGGUUAUGAGCAGAAUGAUGGCUUUUAUUUUGAGUAUUACGAAGAUGCUGAGGGUAGUAACUUCUUGCAUGAUUUGCAUGAUCCUCAGAAUUUAGAAAAUGUAGGAUCAGCAUUGCCAAAGCAUAAUUCAGUUUUCCAUUGGACUGAUUUGUCACUUGAAAAGAAGUCGUGCCCGUACUGUCCAGCAACCUUUGAAACAGGUGUUGGCUUGUCCAAUCAUGUCAGAGGACAUCUUCACAGAGCUGGACUAAGCUAUGAAGCUCGUCAUGUUGUUUCACCAGAACAGAUAGCAACAAGUGACAAAAUGCAACAUUUUAAAAGAGCUGGAACAGGGACUCCUGUUAAACGUGUCAGAAAAGCGAUUGAGAAAUCUGAAACUUCCUCUGAGCAUACAUGUCAGCUCUGUGGUGGCUGGUUUGAUACUAAAAUUGGAUUGUCUAAUCAUGUGCGAGGACACCUGAAGAGGCUUGGCAAAACCAAGUGGGACGCACACAAAUCUCCCAUCUGUGUUCUGAAUGAGAUGAUGCAAAAUGAAGAGAAGUAUGAAAAAAUCCUAAAGGCUUUGAACAGUCGCCGUAUUAUUCCCAGACCAUUUGUUGCUCAGAAAUUUGCAUCAAAUGAUGACUUUUUAUCUCAGAAUGUUAUACCUCUUGAAGCAUACCAUAAUGGCCUAAAGACUGAAGAUAUAUCUGUGUCUGCAUCGGAGGAAGAAGGGCUGAGUUUCCUAAAUGAAUGUGAUGAAGCAAAAGCAGUACUACAUGAUGAAAAAAGAAAUCAAUCACUUACACUGAUAGAACUCCUGAAAAACAAGAGGUUAGGAGAAGAAAGGAAUCCUGAUAUUUCCCCUCAAAAGAUUCAUAAUCAAACUGCAAGAAAGAGGUUUGUUCAGAAAUGUGUUCUUCCAUUAAAUGAAGACAGUCCAUUGAUGUAUCAGCCACAAAAAAUGGACUUGACUAUGCAGUCAGCUUUAGACUGUAAGCAAAAGAAGUCAAGGUCAAGAUCUGGAAGCAAGAAGAAAAUGCUGCCGUUACCUCAUAGUGCUGAUGAAGUUUACAUACUCAGAUGCAGGUUUUGUGGUCUGGUCUUUCGAGGACCUUUGUCUGUUCAAGAAGACUGGAUAAAGCACUUGCAGCGACACAUUGUCAACGCAAAUCUUCCACGGACUGGAGCUGGCAUGGUUGAGGUCACAUCACUACUUAAAAAGCCUGCUUCAAUCACUGAAACUUCAUUUUCUUUACUGAUGGCAGAAGCAGCAUCAUAGAACACAGAAGCAUUUAAAAUUUUAAUUGGGUGUAAAUUUGAAAUACUUCAUCAUUUUUUAAGAUAAAUUGCUACACUAAAUUAUGUUUAUAAAUGCUAAAGAGAGAAAAUAGAGGAAGUGGAUUACAGUAACAUCAAAAUAAAUUGAAUACUUAACAGUUACAGUAAGUAGUCUUUAUAUUUUAUAUAGGGUGGAAGAUGUGUUUUUAAGGUUUAUUAUGUUUUUGUCAGUUACUGUGUUCACUAUCAAUACAAGACCAUUGUAUGUAUGGCAGCCAUUUUUUAAUUGUUGCACAUGGGUACUUAAAAGACAGAUUUAAUAAAACAAAGAAACCACGUUCUCUUCAGUGUUACCCAAAUCAAGAUUCUGUUUAUUCCAAAAAGAAUUACAUAGUAAAAUAAGAUACUAUUAUAUUUUGUUUGUAUGUAUGUAGUGUUUUGUAUAAUACCAAGAACUGCUAAUACAAUUUACUCAACUUAGGGCAUUAAAUACCAUGUACUUCAUAGUUCAAGAGACUGUUUCGUUCAAAUAGGGCAAUUAGUACUAUUCUAUCUAGGUGUGUAAGUGUUUUUUUUAAAUCACAUGAGGCUUUUUGUACUAAAAAGUGGAGGGAAACUUGUUUAAACAAAUUUCUAAGAGAAAUAUGUACAUAAUACUGGAAAUUUGUGGUAAGGAAAUAUUCUUUACUUCAGUUGCAUUUCUCACUGACAAUAAAGUGGUGCAUCCAUGCUACCUCCUACUUGUCAACAAAGAUGGUAUUUACCCUUAUGUUUUUGUAUCAUAGUAGAUUAAAUCCAACUUUCUUUAUUACAAAGCAUCUUUUUGUUAACAAGUUUGUUACUUUUAUGACAAUUUACUUAAAGUCUGACUUGCUUACAGAAGUUUGCCUCUACUAUUUUAUUUAACACUGUAGAAAUGUACUAAUAAGCAUUGCUCACUACACGGUUAGAGUAGGCUUUUCAUUUAUAAUUCUGUUUAAAAGAUUGAUCAUUUUAGAAAAUUCAAACACAGAUUGAAAUGUUUCUACAUAUGAAGAGAAUGUUUACAACUUAAAUUUUAGAGCUUGUUUUGGAUGUGAUUAUAUGUAUGAAAACUGUAACACUAUGCUCAUGCUAAGGACCUACUUACAGAAUUAUUGAAAUAAAUGUGCUGUGAGGAUGGAAAUAUGGUGCAGGUGUCUUGGUCAUGAUGAAUUGUGUUUGUUCAUUUAAACUGUCUUCAGAACAUGAUUUUUGUUUAAAUUAGAUUCCUCUACAAAUCAAUUUUGUAUGCAAGUAACAUUUCAUUUUACUCAUAUAGGGUAACAGAUACUGUAGUUAAGCCAAGGAUAUGCAUUGAUAUUUUCUUUAUAUGUAAAUAAAGUUAAAAGCAGUUAAAGCAAGAGGAGUAUUUUGGUAGAGUAUAUACAUACCUCACUGCCAGUGAAAUUGCUUUCCUAUGGUAUAUCUCCUUACCAGAAAAAUCUCUAAAUAAAAAGGUUUAAAGAAAAUCUAAAUGUCUAUAAUGUGAAGCAUUUAUUUGCAUUGUGUGAAUUAAGUUUGUGGAAUUGAUUUGUCUUGCUUGAGAAUACAAUCUUCUCAUGAUCUUGAGUAAAAGUACAUUUACUUGCAAUAAACUGAAUUGUUCACAGACGCAUUACAUUUGAUUGGUGGAAAGUAUGAAUAAAUGUCUGUCUUCCUGGAUGCACAGAGCUCAGAGUUAACACAUGAGGCUUGUUAAUGUUCUGAUAGAAUAGACGGGCUAAAAAUGCACAGCUGUGCAAGAAAGAGGCCUCAGACAAGGCCAUCCUAGCUCUGUCAGGGCUAUCAUUAAAUUAGUUCUGUCAGGUGUUUAACUGUACAAAUUGCUACAGUUAAGUUUAGCUUUCUUGUUGAAAUUUAUUCUCUUGUAAGUGGAAAAUCUACAUAGUUACAUUUGAAGGCUGGAGGAAUACAUGCUUUCGAGAUUUUAGAAAAGAUAACUGGGAUGUUGAAGUGUAUUGCAGACCAAUCGUGUAUGCAGAGUAACAAAUUUCUGAAUUUGUGGAUACUUGUGGGACUUUUUAAUAUGAUGUGAAAACUGAAGAUUUAAAGCAAUGUAUUGAAACAGAAUAGAGGGAAGUAAUCACAUCACCUUGAAUGUUUAUAAUGCUUUAAUAGAGUGCUUGUUUACCCUUCUCACCAAAAAGGUGCUUGUGAGAGCACCAUGUUUUAUGGCUGUUUAGCAAAUGAAAAGAUCAAUUAAGUGCAAAUGAUAUUUAUCUAGUGUUGUUAAGAAUGCUUGUGAGGUGAAGCCAUACUGUGCAAAAUUUUGCGUUAGCAAAAAACUCUUACUAGAUCAAUAAUAAUAAUUUUUAAAACCCUACUUAAUUCUGUUUAAUUCAUUAAACCCCAAUAGUGAGCUUCUUUAUAUAAUACUAAAAUUCAGGGUUGUGUCUGAAGAGCAGUGAGCUCUAGGGCUGAUCAGUUUCCAAAAUGAGAUUCUGUUGAUGAGGAGCAGUUUUCAGUGACAAACUGUGUGGCCUGCUGGCAUCAGAUCCUUGUGGUAUAUUCGAAAAAUAUGUACGAGUUCUAGAAUACUUCUCAUUAUUAAAUUAAUUGUAUAUGUGGUUGAUACAGGCUGAAUAAUCUUUAAAAAAAAAUAGAGUACUAUUAGCUGUCCAUAGCCUGUAGUCCUCAAGUGGGACUAUUUGUUUUCCUGGUUUCUUUUGUUUGGAAAUACAGGUAUUUUUUAAUCAUUAUCUACAAGGAAAUAUAAAUCCUCCUCUCCGGAGUUACCAAAAUUCGAAAUAAUGUGGUAGAAGAGGGUAAAUUAAAUCAGUCACUUUGUGAUGCCAGUCUGAUGUUAUGUGGCUUGAGGGGCUCUGUGGCAGUCCAUGCUAAAGAGCUGGACCUCCACCAGAAUUGCACAUCUAAACACAGGUGUUAGUCUGUUCAGGUUGGCUUAGAUUGCUUUGGGGUAAAGGCUACAGUGGCACAGUGAUUUUUUGUUUGGUUGAUUUUGGUUCUUUAUCACAGUCCUACUUGUUUCUGAAGUUAUCCUAGUUUCUGGUAAAGGUCUCUUUAGUAGUAGCCUCAGGAAAAUUGUAAAGACCACCCCCAUACACUUUUCUUAAGAUGAUGGCCUAUAUUCCCUAGCCCCAGUGAUAUUUCCAAAUCCUCUUUCAAAAGUUAAAACUCUGCUUGCAUUCCUUGAGAAGAUGUUUCUGCAGAGCCUUGGGUAGGUGAUAAUUUGAAGUGCCCGCGGUAGCUGCUGCCAUGGGGUAGUGUGUUCAGGCUGGACGCCUGGCAAAUGGAGGUGAGCAGACAAGGCGUGCUGGGCGGGUACUGCUCUUUGGCCAGUACUGUUCCGAGUGGCUCGGGGAGCUGUGUGAGGUGGGCUGCUCCCACGGACUGAGGGGGUCCAGCUCCAGAUCCAGCUUCUUCCUCAGGGCUCACCUUCCCCAGGCAGCAGUGUCAGGAAAUGAGCUGCUGGCUGCUCCUGCUGGGAGAGGAAGGACUGUGACCGUAGGUGUGGGGAGGGAGAGCGAGCACGGCCGUGCUGAGGGGGGCACUGCCAGUCGGGUGUGAGUCCUGGGCCAGGCAGGUCGUGUUUGAGCUGUGUGCCUGCACUAAUUCCUCCUGUUUCAGCCAUGCUCAGGGAAAUCACCAAGCUCUUUGAGGUAAGUGAUCACAGGAGAAACACGAGUUAUGAACUGAGGCUCAGAGGAGAGCAUCCAAAGUUUCUAAAGGUCAGUGUCACAGGACUGAGAUGGGAAGAUGCGAUGCUGCUUUUGAGUGUGAUGCUUUUCCUGAGCUAGUUAUGGUUCUAGGUUUCCUGCAGUGCUUUAAAGAGGGGUUAUGCAUUAAAUCUACCUGAUUCCGAAAACCUACAUAAGAUAAAUUGGGCUGAACAAAUGUGGGAACAUUAGCAGUGAUUAACAAGUAUUUGCUUUUAACUAAAUGGUUAUGGGCUGUGAACAAACCCUUUUUAGUUCAGCACUAUGGUUAACAGACUUUUCCACUUUUUAUAACAGUAGUUAGUGGCCUGGAUAUUUAAACACCAGAUUCGUAUUUUAAAGAUUUAUAUAGUUUUGAGUUUGUUUAAAGAAAAUCCCAAACUUUUCGGGGUGAUACUUACUUUAAAAAGCUGACUGCAUUAUGAUUUCAGAUAUUUCAAUCCACCGUGCUUUGUAGGUGCUGUUGCCUAUACAUGGGUAGCAAUUGUGAUGUAAUGGAAACAUUUGGCCAUAGUGCCAGGUUUGUAAUCUCUUGCAAUAAAAUGUUCCUUUUUAACA